ACGAUUCACAUCGGGAAUCAUCUGUCACAGUCUCGAUCGUCGCGCCAGCCCUGCCACCGAAGCCCUUUUCUCUUCUUUCCAACAUCGCCUUUGUUUUGCCAGGCUGUCUGUCACUGGUUUGCUCCUUUUGCUCCCAAGCAUUUGCAAAUCCCGGUAAAAGAGAAAGAAAACAAUGGCUUCUUUGGCGACUGCUGCCCGUGAUAUCCCCCAGGCCUCCUUGAGCCGAGACAACUUAACUGCUGUAGCGGCUCGGAGUGAUCCUGCGAUGACUGUGACACGAUCUCGGGACCUCCCGACCCCUCCAAACUCCAUCUCUCCCUCCUUGCCGGCCCACGGCCUCAAGGCCCAGCUUCAGAAGGCCAGGCUCGACCCUAUCGACUCUGACUUGGAUCUUCACGACAACGCCAGCGGAAGGUCGCUGUCCCCGGCGCUUGAGUCUGCAGGCGCCAUCACCAGCUCCAUGCUGGCUAAAUACCACCUGCCCGAGAUUCUGCUAAACCACGGACCGCUGGCCAUCCGCCACAUCAUGGGAUACCUUACCACGUCAGUUCCUGGAUUUUCUGGCAUCCCGCCGACCAAGGCGCGCAGGGUAGUUGUUGGUGCGUUGGAAGGACGUGGUGGCGAAGGUCGCGGUGUCGAUGGGGACGUCGUCUUCGAGAAAGUGGGUUGGGGAAGAUGGGAUGCGCGCCGACGGGGACAGGCUGCCCGACACCGUCAAGCAACUCCGCCCAGCGGCCCAUCCUCGUACACCGCUGGAAUCCCAAUUUCUAGGGUCAGCGGCCGGGGCUUGAGCCUGAGCAGGGCGAGGCUGAACAUGGCCGGGUCCAACGGCGGGGAUUCGGUGCACUUCUCCCACGACGACCACUAUGACAUCUCCAUGAUGGAGCACGAGGCCGAUAAGAUGUCCAUGGAUGAUGACUCUGCGUCGGCUUCCUGCUCCGAGGCCCCUGACGAUGAUGUCGCUAUGAAUGAUGACCCGGAGGAUGUGACGGACGACGAAGACUGGGCCGCCGUCGGAGCCGCCGCUCUGCGGGCCGACUCAUACCCAAACAUGGCCGCAGCCUUCGAGUCCGGCCUGUCCUCCAACACCUACGCUGGCGGGAUGCGCACGCUGCCUUCGACCUUUGGAGGUGUGGCGCAUCCACCACAAGUCAAGAUUGACUAUUCUGCGUUCCCCGGUCCUUCGGACGCUCAGGAGCGCGAAGCUGUCGAAGCCCUUCUUCGACUAGGUUCUGUAUAAUACCAACUGCAUGCACGGCGUUUGCUUUUUUUUUUUAUUUUUCCUUUUUUUAAUCGGGUGGGCGCGGCUUGCUUCUUUUUGGGUUCCCACGGUGGGAGGGUUUUCACUCGGGUUCUGGGUGGGCUGGUUGGCUGGACCAUGGAAUACGUGUCACGCAAUGCCCGGGGCGGCGUCCCGGAUCAAACCCUUUCAUGCUCAUGACGACACGGUUGUUCUGCACGCAUUGAUGUUAUGUUUUUGGACCCUUUUACUUUCGAUACUCCG